AUGGCUAAGGCUUAUGAUAGAGUGAAAUGGGGCUUUUUGCGGAAAGUUAUUCUUACUUUUGGAUUCAGCUUGGAGUGGGUGGAAUGGAUUUGGAGUUGUGUCACUUCUCCCUCCUUUUCUGUGCUUCUCAAUGGAGAACCUUCAAAGUUAUUUGGGGCCUCUAGGGGUCUCUGCCAGGACGAUCCUCUUUCUCCCUACUUGCUCAUCAUUAUGGUGGAGGGACUUGGCAGAUUUAUUAAACAUCAAGUUUCCCAUAGUUUGAUUCAUGGAUGGAGGUGGGGAAAUGGAUUUCCCACUCUCUCCCAUCUUCAUUUUGUAGAUGAUACUACACUCACUGGGAGGGCUCGUAUUCAGGAAGCUGAAGCCUUCAGACUCACUUUGGAUACUUAUUUGGCUGCCUUAGGUCAGAAAAUCAAUGACCACAAGUCUUCUAUUUAUUUUUUCAACACUUUGGAGUCUAUCCAGCAGAGGAUUGCUAAUAUUCUAAGAUUUCAGAUUGAGUCUCUUCCUAUGACUUACUUGGGCAUCCCUAUUGUUUUGGGUACACAACCCAAGAUCUUUUGGCAGAACCUGCUUGAUAAGUUGCGUCAAAAGGUUAAUCAUGGACACAUCAGUGGCUCUCUACUGCUGGCUGAAUGA